AUGAAUAGAAGAGACAAAACAAACGUGUCUGACUUCAUCCUCGUGGGAUUGACAGACUCUGAAGAGAUCCAGCUGGUCCUCUUUAAUCUCUUUCUCCUGAUAUACCUGAUUACUGUGCUGGGAAAUGCAGGGAUGAUACUGAUCAUUCGCCUGGAUCUCCAGCUGCACACCCCCAUGUAUUUUUUCCUCACCCACCUGUCAUUUCUUGAUCUCAGUUACUCAACAGUCAUUACCCCUAAAGCUUUAGAGAACUUGCUGACUGCAAACAAACAUAUUUCAUAUGGGGGCUGUUUCAGCCAAAUGUACUUUUUUAUCUUUUUGGCUGUCACGGAAUGUUUUAUUCUCUCUUCGAUGGCUUAUGAUCGCUAUGUAGCUAUCUGCAACCCACUACAAUAUGCAGUUAUUUUAUCCACUAAAGUCUGCUGUUCCCUCAUCACUGCAUCCUACAUAUUUGGCUUUAUAGCCUCCAUUAUCACUGUACUUGGCAUGAACACCUUGCAUUUCUGUAAUUCAAAUGUAAUCCACCACUUUUUCUGUGACACAUCCCCAAUAUUAGCCCUCUCAUGCACUGACACACAUAAUGUUGAGAUCAUUAUAUUCAUUCUUGCUGGCUCCACUUUAGUGGCAUCUCUCAUAAUAGUCUCUGUUUCCUAUGUGUCUAUUCUCUCUGCUAUUCUGAAAAUCAGUUCCACAUCAGGAAAGCAAAAAGCCUUCUCUACCUGUGCCGCCCACCUCCUGGGAGUCACCAUCUUCUAUGCUUCCAUGAUUUUUACUUAUUUAAAGCCACGUAGUUCCUACACCUUGGGGAAAGACCAAGUGGCCUCUGUCUUUUAUACUAUUGUGAUCCCCAUGCUGAAUCCACUCAUUUAUAGUCUUAGGAACAAAGAAGUGAAAAAUGCUCUCAUUCGAGUUGUGCUGAAGAGAGGGAACACGGGACACUUAAGAUGA